CUCCUCCCAGCCUGCUCCCCUUCUCCUCUGUCUCCUGAUCUUCAGCCUCCAUAUAUCUGCUCAUUUUCUCCUGCAGCUCGGCCACUUUUCUCUGCAGCUUCUUCCCCACAGCUUCUCUCGGCAGAACAACAGCAGCUCCAAACAUGUCGGUCAAGGUUGCCGUGGUGACCGGAAGUAACAAGGGCAUCGGAUUGGCCAUCGUCCGAGCGCUCUGCAAGAAGUUCAAGGGAGACGUCUACCUGAUGUCCAGAGACGUCGGUCGAGGCGAGGAGGCCGUGAAGUCUUUGUCCUCGGAGGGACUGAAUCCAAAGUUCCACCAGCUGGACAUCAAUGACGUGAACAGCAUCAUAGCUGCAGCCGCUUUCUUCAAAGAGAAGUACGGAGGAGUGGACGUCCUCGUCAACAACGCCGGAGUGUUUUGCAAAGUGGCCGACACGACUCCAUUUGCCACCCAGGCAGAAGUGACCCUGAAGACGAACUUCUUUGGCACCAGAGACAUGUUGACUCACUUCCUGCCGCUCAUCAAAGCCGGAGGUCGUGUGGUGAACGUCUCCAGCUUUGUCGGCUCUCGUACUUUGAAUAACUGCAGUCCGGAUCUGCAGCAGCGGUUUCGCAGCGAGGACAUAACGGAGGACGAGCUGGCCGGACUGAUGCAGCGGUUUGUCGACACAGCCCAGAAAGGGAAGCACAAGGACGACGGCUGGCCGGAGACGGCAUACGGAGUCUCCAAAACCGGCCUGACGACUUUGUCCAUGAUUCGGGCUCGUCGUCUGUCCAAGGAGCGACCGAAUGACGGGAUCCUGCUGAACGCCUGCUGUCCAGGGUGGGUUCGCACCGACAUGACGAGCGAUAAAGCCACAAAGUCACCAGACGAGGGCGCCAUCACGCCGGUCUAUCUGGCCCUGCUGCCAGCCGGAGCCACGGAACCUCACGGGAAGUUUGUUUCUGACAAACAGGUUAAGCCGUGGUGAAGAUGAAGAAAAGUCAGUGUGCUAAUGUCAGAGUUUCAUCCUAAUUCCACUGAUCUGCGACCAAGUGUGUAAUUGUGCGUCUGCCUGCUGGGUUAAAAAUAUUACCAAAAUGAAGAGCUGUUGCUCUUUUCUUUAAAAAAGGUCUAUUAUUAGUUUUGUUCCAUGAAAAAACUUUGCCUUAACAGAAAUGCUUGUUUGCUACAACA